AUGCCGGGCUCGGUUGACGUCCAUUUGUUACCUUGCUGUAUUGAUUCGGACGGCAGCUCCGUCAAAAUUCCUGAAGCGUUUUCCUCACCAAGGUAGUCUACUCGUUUGGUCUCUCAUUUUAAGUUCCCUACACUGCACAACCUUAUCCUUCCUCCUGACCGACUAACCCAACUUCGAAUCGCAGGUUGUUCCGGCCUGGGUAUGGCCGGCUGAUGACAGCCGCUAAGUCAAAGAUGGUCAUUCCGACUUCGUCUUUGUCGAUGUUCCGUCCGCAAGCUAUCCAGUCCGGAAAGCCAGUGGAUCGGCACGCAUCGCGUUCUACGCCAAAUGCAGGAAGUGUGGCACUCAAACGACGACUUACUCAACAGGCAUAUCGACCUGUAGACGUUUUACCAAGCGCUGCGAGAAUAAAUCAAUGGAGCAGCCAAAUGUCACUCCCGAUGAUGUUUGGCGCAUAGCCAAGUUGUACGCUCUCAUUUGCUCUGGACGGUGAGCACGAGUGGGAGUGCGAAACGUACGUGUAAUGUAAUUUCGGACCCAGAAAUCGUUUCCUCUUCUCGGACGAAGGAAAGGACGACCUCUGGAGAGGGUAGUUUGCCAAUUUUAAGUCCCACAUUCGUGAUUGGACGCAUCAUCGAAGAUCAACAAUGUAGCAAAAACAGGGUUCGAAUAGGUUCUCGCCACCCACUGGUGAUCGGUUCAGUUGUCUCCUCAUUUGUCCAUCUUUCGCGCCCAUGUUAUGUCUGCCGGCUACGUAUGGGGCCGGUAGCUCGACUACGGUUGAUCGAUUAGGCCUCGAACUGCCAGGCCUCAAUUACUUUUUCCACCAUUUUACCUUCGGCUCGCCUGCGUACAUGUCUACUGCCCAAACACAUCUGUGAUUGUUCCCAAGAUAGCAGACGCACGUCUUCUCGUUCCGAUGUCAGGGCAUUCCCAUGCACACUCGUGCUCACCCGUUUGCCAGUCAUACCACCAAUGGCCAGAUAUUCUAGAUGCUGGACGUGGUAGGUGACUUCCGACUUGCCUUCGGGUGAUAGUCGGCCCGUGGACUACAUGAGAGGCAAACAGCAGUAACCUCAUGCCAGUGUCUGGGACCCACAUUUAGUUCACUUAGUAUGCGUUCUAUGGUUCCGGGAAAGCCUCCCCCACGCAGAGCAAAGUACUGAAUAUCUUUGGACACCAAGCCGGGAGGCUCCGCAUUCGUGCAUUGACCUCUAAACACCCAGUGAAUGAAUUUCCCCGUUCUCUUCCUCCAUUACGGGCCUGGAAUGACAAGGGUGUCGUCGACGAAGCGCAUCCAAAAUACUUGGAUAUUAUAGGAAUGGAUGACACGAAUUGCGAGUUACAGUAGAGUAGUACCAGCGACAUAACCGAAGAUCGGAGGUUUCGUUGGAGUCCUUAGGUAUGUUCGUAUUUCUGGGGCAUCAUUCCCCGGAAUGGAUCUAAGACAAGCAUACACGACAGGAAUUAAUGGUUACAACGGAUUGUGUGAUAGCUUAUCAACUUCGACCCGUCGAUGCAUAGCAGAUAAAGAAUAAGAAACGUACAGAAACUUAGAUUUGUACAGAAAAUCAGUACGAACCAGCAAAGUCAUUGUUUAGUGGACACAGGGUUACUAAUGAGAAUCGUAACUUAAGAACGCGGCCAGGUCAGUUGGGCAUCUGUCCAAAGCAAGAAAAUCCCUAGUUAUUCCACCGAGAAACAUCUCCUAGAUAGCAGUCACUCCGUCGAUCCCUCCGAGUACUUAUUUUGGCACGAACAAGUCAAACACUGCGCUACCUGGAAGCAGCCUACAUACGGCGAAGCCUGACCUAUGCAAACAGCUAGACCACGUUGCCAACCUCAAUUUGCCAUGGUAAUCUCGAGUUCUGCUAUUUACGUACUUCUUCUAACGCGUUAACUUUCCCUCUUUUUUUCCCGAAUUGCGUUCUCAAGUUGCCAUUUUCAUUGAAUGAUCAGUGUGACGUCCCACGCCUUUCCCAAUAAGUAUGUUCUGGAUACGGUCUUGUGUUCUGAGCUCACCGUAAGCCUCAAACGCUUGGAAAGCCAUUUAGCCACUCCAUAGACCGGUGUGUUUACGAGCACAGCGAUUGGUCGAAGAGACAUUUGGUGUGUAGAUUUCCGGCGAACCGCAAAGACGCGUCAUGACCGCACCUUGUGGUCCUGCCUGCCACCAGGCGUUCUCUGACGUUGUGUUGGUUCCCCACAAUAUUCAGGCUUGCUAAUUUCGCAUGCCAGGAUUUGCGCGGGGUCCGAAUCGACGACUUUAUGGAUAAUUAUUGUUUGGCAACUCCCGUGCCUUUGAUACAUGUCCCGUCCGAUCCGAGUUAACGUUUGCCCGUCAUCUGUUCGCUGAAACGAGCACGUUUUCGCCAUAUCUCCUUCAUUCUUCUGUGACCCUCAAUUUGGCUACGAAAACCCGACGUGGCUCCUUCGGAUUAAUGACAGAUAGCGAGAUCGAGUUCUAAAGUACUUGUUUUCGAGUGGUUAUUCCAGUGCGACGGCAAAGCUCACUUGGUAAACGCCGUGCAUGCUUCAAAAAUGACAUGUCGCAACACAAGAACAUGAUUCAAAUUCGUUUCUGCUUCCGUCAACACGCAGCUCAAAUCGUAGCCGAACCACUACAAGAGUAUGCUUAGCCGUUCUCGUUGCCGAUGGCGGCAUUACGCAUUGCCGGAGAGCCCAACACUGAUCCGGUCCAGUAUGGUUGCACAAGCACAUAGUCGUUUAGCUUCAAAUGCGGCCAUCCUUAAAAUGCAGGUAACUGGGUGUUUCCUAGGUCACUAAAAAGUACUCGUAACGACCAAGUGAUUUAGCAUGGAAGAACCGACAAACAUCCGCGCAACGUCUCCCCAUUACAUAGUGAUCAAGUACUUUCCGCAUAGAUAUCUCAUACCUUCCCGUCGCGGGCUCCAAUCUUCAGUGUGAACCAGAUCAAGCAGAGCCUACCGAGGAACAUCCCAAAGCACACAAGUGAAGCUUUAGCCUGACCGCUGCGAGCGACUGACAUCACGAAGCUUGGCGCUGUCGGCGAAACGAUAGUCCUUCCCCCCCGUUCCAGCAUGCAGUACUCAGCUCCUUCCUGUCUCCGAACCGGUUAGCUUCCAUAGUAACCAUCAGGUCUACUGGUAGAGACUCGGACACAGGUGCCGCAGACGUCGUAACACGAGCCGAGACCCGUGAUGGAGACGUUUACAUCUGAUUGGCGAUCCAACUUGUUCCCCUACUACUCAGUUUGUGCCUUAAAUGAUGGUUUAGGCCGCAAGGGAGCGACGCCAGAAAGAACUUGUUUGACAGCGGCCCAGGCCUAUCAUAAGCUGGGUUCCCCGGAAUCGAAGGCGAACAGCUUACCAACUUCGCUGUCUUGACUACCGCAAGCAGUAAUUUAAGCACUUAUGCCAGCGUUUUAGAGAUAAUUCCCCUAUUCGAUUUCAAGGUGUACCUCGCCCGUCGCAGUAAGCCACCUCUUCUUUCCUGUCAUUUUCAGUUCCGAUGGCGCGCUUACAGCAAACUUCAGAGGUCGUAAGCUCUUUGGGAACGAGUUUAAACCUCCAGACGACGUCGGAGCCUAUGUCAUGGCCUGUGAGGAGCACCUCCUUGACGAAGAACCAGCCCCAGUGUGCAACGUGAUGCCCGUUGACAAGCUCGUAAUAUGGAACACCGAUGCUCCCUGCGAUGCUGAAGAGAGGCUCCAUGCCGCUCUCUUAUGGACAAAACUUAACUCAGCCAUGAACAGAGACUAG